GGCGGAAGCGAAUCAGAGAGGAACGCAAGAGAGAGAUGCAUGGUGCGGAUGGACCACAGGGCACUGAGUGAUGUAUACGUGCGUGUAAUGCUGGUCGACCAAAACACACUUCCACGAGACAGAUUGCUUUCAGUCAUCUCAUACUUAUAUCCGCACGCUCCUCUGCUCUCACCAUCUGUUUCUUUCACAUUCGGUCAAGCUGGUGUCCGAUUUCAUCCAAUGCAUUUGGCAUCCAUCACUUCAUCAGACAAGCAACAGCCAUCACGAGCAAGGCUCGUUUUGCGAACAGGUGCGUGUUGACAAAGGCGGCGCAGGGAGCCUAACGUCCAUGACCAUGCUUUCCCUGGUCCACAAGCAAGCACGUCAUCCCGCUUUGGACCCCACUUCUUUCUCAACUACGCACUCUGCCCGUCUGUCUGGCUUUCUACCCUCCUCCCAGGCUGGUGCGCACCUCAUCGCGCCACGUCAGCGAGGGGGAGUCAUCAAACCACCACAGAAUCCUUCCCAUUCCCGCAGGCACUCACACACACACACACACACACACACACAUGAAGAUGGACAUAGAUACCCGACACACAACACAACACAGCAACGAAGCCAGUCGUAGCACCACACAACAAAAAUACGCAGGGCGGAAUGCACGACACAUCUCUGUUGUCCCUCUCUGCUGGCUGCAGCUUCAAGGCAGUCGGACACUCACGCACCGCACACCGAGAUAGAAAGAUGGACCAAAGCAGCAGGCACGCACACUCACCUCCCUCAUGUAAUCAUGUAGCCAUGCAUUCCUCCCUCAUCAGCAACACAGGCAGGCACGUCCACAUCCAUACGUGACACACACGUCAUCAUACAUCCACACACACACACACACACACACAAGGUCAACACACAUCAGCCAGUCACUUAACCAACCAUGCGAGCCGAUGCCGGCUGCCUCUCUGCAAUGCAAUCGAUGAGAGGCCGGCAAAGACGGCAGCCGCUACCUCGGCCCAAAGUAGAAGUCCAUCAGGUCGUCCUCAUCAUAGUCCUCCUCGUCCAGCUCGUCCUCCCACGACCCCCCACUCGCCCCAUCGCCGCCUAUCAUGUCGUCAUCGUCAACCCCCGCGUCAGACACGCCGCCAUACGGGUACGGCGCGCCAUACGGGUACGCUGACCAGCCGGUACCGUACAUUGACAUUGGUGGUAUCCCCACCUCACCGGCGUACAUUGCCCAUGGCGGCGGAUCAAUCCCGCGCUCACCAGGCGCUCGCGGGAGGCUGCUCUCGAAGGCAAUCGCCGCUUCGUGUGCCAGCCCCAGCUCACGGGUGAGGUACAUCCUGAUGGCCGAGACCACACCCGUGUGUGCCAUUUGCUGUGCAGCAGCAGCAACAGCAGCAGGGGUCAGCUUAGGCGGCUCCUGGGUCUUGCCGUGCUGGGCGAUGUGGUAGAGAGUCGUACCCUCCCGGAUGGCGAAGAGAUGGCCGAGCGGGAGUGAGAAUGACGCCACGUGGCAAAAGGGAGAGGCAUCCAACCGGAAAUCUGAAGAAUUAUGCACACCAGAAUGAAUGAGCAGGUGAACGCUGGCAUGAGCGUUUCUUUUGUGUGAGUCAGUCACCUUGGUGCGAGCCUGGGAACAAGCCAGCGUCCUUGUACUCGCCCUGGCUGGAAGCCAGGAGAUCCACAUACGCCAGCAGGCGGCCCUUCGACUUGCCCUGCGUCAAUACAGCCACAGAAGAGGCGCGGUGCAAACGCAUCCAUGCAUGUUUGACUCUGCUUGCGCCGGCGACCUACCAGCCCUGUGAGAGGGUCUUGGUCGCCCUUGGCCUCAGACUGAGGCCGCUGCGGCUGCUGCUGCGGGUCGGGCGCAGGGGUGUCCGUGGGGUUGCCAUCGUCAUCAUAUUUCAUGCUGCAGGACUUCUCAUGCUCGCGACUCAUCAAGCCACCACGCUGCAGUCGCCACGGAUACACAAACCACGGCUCACAUGUGGCGCCUCACAAACUACCACCUCCCCGUCCAGCUUCCAUACAUCCUCACUACUCACCGCGAUGGCCUCCAGCGAGACGGGGAUGUGCCGGAUAGCUGAAGGCAUAUAGUCGUUUAGCAGCGAAUAGCUGAAACAGGGAAGAACCCCGCUACGCAGCAGCAGCCAAGGCUCCCGCGCGCCCCGACAAAGCAGGUUCUCUCUCUCUAUCCUGAGUGCCGACCGCUCGGCAGCCGACGCCGCGGGACCGACGCGAAGCUCCGGGAAGAAAUACACGCGGCUGUGGCUCAUCUGGAAGGGAUGGAAGACGCCAUCAUAUCGCCACUUGCACUCCUUCGGUGGACGCGAGAAGCCGUUCCACAAGGUGGGGAACCCGGCGAGGGCCAGCGAGUGGGCUGAGUGGCCCACCCACAGGCCGAAUGACGGAGAGGGUUGCAAUGAAGGUACGGGGCGACGAUUCGGAGGUCCGAAGCCCGGAGGCCCCAAAAAGCCGGGCGGCAGGCCUCCGACGCCAGGGAAAGUGGGAGGCGGGCUGUGGGGGCCGUCGUCAUGGCGAGUGGCCUGGGAAGCCGGGCCGACGGCCUCUGGCGUCAUUCGCACCUCCGUGCCGAGUCUGCUGUCCAGCCGCACCUCAGUGCCGCUCAUGUAGUGCACCACGCGGAACCGGAGCACUUCCUGCCGGCGCCAGGCGAUGGUAUCAUCGCCACAGCCGACCUUGGGAGCAAUCAUGCCCGCAAUGCUCUUGGGGGGCCGCGACCGAGAGAGCGCGACAACGGUGUCCCCACGGCGUGGGUCACGCUCGAGCAACCCUGGAAUCGAAACAGACGUACCAGAGGCCACAGAUACAUUCAGAGGGCAUUGGAUCCCUCUGCCGGAGAAAUGCUAUCUCACCUGGUAUGUUCGGGGAGUAUUCUGGAUAUCUGUCCGCCGUGUACGCACCUCCUAAUUCGGUCUCCGUGGCACGCGCGAUCAUUCUCACGUUGGUGAGGGUCGCCCCCAAUCUCUCGGAUAGGCGCAGCAGCACGCCGACGAAUGGCGACCCUGCGCUCACGAAGAAGGACACCUCAGGAUGCCAGAAGGGGACGUUGCUCCCAAUCUCCUCAUCGGCGACCUUCGUGGGCGGCGGCUCCUUGGUGGGGUCAACCACUGAUGUGGUCAGCCGCUUGCCGUCCGGUGUGAAGGUCUCCAGCCAGAUGGCUGUCGGCAAGGGGUCGGGCGGCUCGCGAUGGUCAUGCGCCUGAAUGGCAAGGGAGGGCAUCGACGCCUGACUUGGCGGGGGCGGGGUGGGGACCCACGCCUGUGCGGGAGAGGUUCGUGAAGCCCUUCGUCUCUGCCUGCCUCUCCCUCGACCCCUCCCCCGCGAAGGAGGGGCAGAGGACGGAGCGGCUGCUGCUGCUGCUGCUGGUGGAGGUGGGUGGCCCUUCUGGAUGAGUUUGGGCGGCGGGGGAGGUGGGGGAAGUGGGAUCCACUGGGGCUUCCUCCAGGGUUGAGUGAACCGAACCAGCACGACACUGCCGUCCACGCCAGCUUUCGUCGGGACCAGCAGCGCCGCGGGGGACAGCCUCUCGAAUGAAGAGCCAUCAAAGAUUACCACCUCACCCUUGAUUGCAUCCACAGGCUCGUCCGGUCGCUGACGACUGACACCCUCGCGGGCUGCGCGGCGUGCCUCGUACAGCGCGCGGUCCGCCUCGUAUGCGGCGCCGACGUCGAGCGGCGGCACCGGGCCCUCACCCCCUCGUGCAGCGCCCUCAUUUAAAGGAGGACUCUUCUUCGGAAGGCGCGCCGCAUGCGAGUUGCAGAAGAACGCCCUGGAGACCACACAGACACGAACAGCAAGGAUUGAGUACUCUUUCCGUGCUGGUCGGUGUCUGUGUGUCUUGACAUACAUACCUGCCGUGUGCCACGAACAUAGUGGUGGGGAAGAAGGACAGUCUGCCACAGGGCUUCCACUCGUCCGUAUGGGCGUCGUAGCGCGAGACGAAAGCCUCUGGCGCCUGGACGUUGAAGGCAGAGACGCAGUAGAGGCAGCCGUGGAGGACGAAGCCAUUGCCCUCCUCACGCACCCUCGGGGGCAUUCCCUCAGACAUCCUGCCUGGCAAAGGGCCUGCACACAAGACAACACAUGCAGUGACUGACUCACAGACAUCGACCCGCCAGAUAGAUCUUGCCUCACGUGAUGGUGUCGGCUGUGGCGUGAAUGAAGGAAGCAGCCGCACACGCGUCUUCUUGACCCUUUGCUCCGUCUCACGAUCGGCCACCGAGAAGUGCUUCCUGUGCCACUCCGCGAAGAGGGAUGACAGGCCCUUCGGCAGGUCACCCCAGCACCGCUCCGACGGGGUGCCCAGGAAGAGGACACUUGUGCCGCUGUCCCAGAAGAAGUCGCGCAGGCUGCCCGCACACCACUGCUCCGCCGCGGUGAGCAGGAGGGAGGGGAGGAGGGCGGAUGGGGGAGGGGCGGAGGGCUCGUCCAUGAGUGGCUGCAGGCCGCACCCCUUGGCAGUGUUGACGAGCCACCUCUCGACACCGUCCCACACGCCCUUGGCUGCCUCGCCAUCAGCUCCCUGCAACGCAGAUAGCACGCGGACCAGGAAGCCGAACCCCAGUGCCGAUGACGCCUCGUGGACGACGGCACACGUCACGCCGCCGACUUGGAUGAAGGCAUUCGAGCUGGAUCCGUGCAUUCGGCCCUCGUAAGCUGUGAGGAUGUGGUCGAGAGGGGAGCCUCUGAAGAGCUGGAAGGUGGCUGCCGGAAUGGCGACGUGGACGCCACGGGGAGAAGCAGAUCCGUCGAUAGGCGCCUCCUGCUCCAUGAAGAAGACAUUGACAGAUCCGUCAUCGCCGACGAAGGGUCCCUCGAUGUCGCAUGAGCUGGCUAAGUGGAACUCCUCUCGGAACGAGGGGUCGAGGGGUGAAGCAGAUGACGACGCUGCUGCUGCCGCUGCCAUACUGAAACUUCUUUAGCCUCUCUUUUUUGCGAGGUCGUGUUUGGCCAAUUUGGCUGGGAGGUUG